AAAUGAGUGUAGCAUUCCUUUAAUUCAAUCUGUGGGCGGCUAUUUUUGUACGACUGCAAGUGUUUUCACACGGAAUUACUCGGGAAUAUAUUUAAAUUUGCAGCACGUGUGCGAUUCUCCCAAAUCAAAGUGACAGUGGCAAGUAGGAGUUUUAAAAAAAGUGUUCAGUAGUGUAAAUUAUGUGUGCGAAAGUUCGGUGGUGUCUUAGUGACCGCUAGAAAAUAUACAGGGUGUCUCUACAAUUAUUCAAGAGUGAGAUGUACCAUUUUAUGGCCCACAUUCUAGAGAAAUUUACCGAAUAGCCAUGGGAUCUAGCAGCGGGGGGAAGAAGAAAUACGUGAACUUCCGAAAUAGACAGCGUGCCAAUAUGAGCUUCUUCCUCGUCGUUAUGUUUUUCGCGGUGUUCGGCAUCAUCGUCUUCACGGAGAUCUUUUUCAUCGACGAAAGGGGACACGCCGGCGGGGUCCUUGUGCGCCACGGGUCGCUGAACUACCAGCACAAGCAGGACAGGGUGGUCGACUACGAGGAUGGCUUUCAGAACGAAGAUUACAUAUCAAUCAGAGUGGGCGCUGCUAUGGUGAACGACGAGACUCUGGGGGCCCUCUUGCUGGGGGGUAGGCCGCCAGUGGCGUUGCCUGUUGUAGAAAACGUCGCCCCCGCGUCUUCCAAGAUAGUGACAGAGAAUCAGUUACCUCCCUACCCUGACAACCUUACACUCGCUGAUGGUGCUUGGCAAAACGUGAAUGGAACGAGGUACAAAUUUUUCGUGUUCUCUGCCUUCUACGAUCAGAGGAGGCAGAGGAAUGUGAGGAUUAUUGGAGCGACUAAAACUAGGGGACCAGAGAGAGUGUGGUGCAGGCUGUGGUACAAAGUCAACGAUUUUAACUCCUCCUACCAUAUGUCUGUGACUGUACCCGGCAAAAUUAAGGUGAUAAGGGAGAAUUGGAAUCUCAAGUACAGCGCCUGCUUCGUGAUGUGCCCCCUGACGAACAGGACGGUGCCGGCGGCGGUGAGCGUGGUGGCGAGGGUGAGGGACCACCCGGCCAACCUGUUGGCCGUCAUCAAUAACUUCAACGAGUCCAUCCCCGCCAACCGGUUCGCGGUGUGUGUCAAGCCCCUCCACUUCGACUACAACAGGGAGAUGCAGAUCCUCGAAUUCAUCGAACUGAACCGCCUGCUGGGCGUCGAACACUUCACCUUCUACAACCACACGAUCGGCCACCAGGUGGCGUGCGUCCUGAGGGACUACGCCGACCGCGGCAUGGUUACCAUGCUGCCCUGGCAGCUGAACAUGGUCUCGCAGAAGGAGAUCAGGACGGAGGGCCUGUUCGCCGCCCUCAACGACUGCCUGUACAGGUCCAUGUACAAGUACUCGCACGUGCUGCUGAUCGACCUGGACGAGUACGUGGUGCCCAAACACAACGACACCCUGCCGCAGCUCAUCGACUAUUUGAACCAUCGACUAAACACCCGCACCACGGGCUCCUUCUCCUUCCAGAACGCCUUCUUCUACCUGCAGUGGGAGGACGACGACUCCGUCUACGGCUUCGACGACCCCGUCUCCGCCAACCUGGUGACGCUGCGGAAGACCCGACGGCGGAGCAAGCUGCACCCCCACAAGCAGCGCUCCAAGUACAUCUGCAAGCCCGAGUUGACCGUGGAGGCGGGCAACCACUUCGUUUGGGAGUUCGUGCCGGGACACGGCACCCUGAACGUGCCCGCCGACGCCGCCAUCUUGCACCACUACAGGAUAUGCGAGUUCGGGGGCGACGACUGCAUCAAGACGGCGUCGGUCGUGGAUACGACGGCAUAUAGGUAUAAGAACGUUUUGACUGAAGCGGUGAAAGCCAGAUAUAACCGACUGAGGCCCCGAUGCGGCUUGGGGGACCUCAAGCUACCCCAGACGAGGGUCUUCAACAAACUGAUCAACUUGCUGAAGGCGGGACAGAGUUAAUGGAAGAGACACUCGAGAAAUCGCGAGACGCAGUGAUCUAUAUUUAAUAUCGAGUUGAUGUGAGAACGAAAUUUUUAUUCAGUAUUAAAGACUGUAAAUAUUUUUGUACAUAAGUCUCUCUCGGGGUAUAUUUUCUGUUGGCCGCUUUGGGACGUUUUCCAUGCGGUUGGAUACCGAACGUGCUAGGUUCGUAUCGCAAUGGGAAAUUGUCGAUACGAACCAAUUUUGACGGUAGUUUUCAAAUUUCAGUCCCAAUUCCGGCGAGCAGAGGGUGCGCCCCCAGCACAAAACUUGGAACUUUUUACUCAAUAAAUGUAAAAAAUUGUUGUAAGAUUGUUAUGUAGGAUUUUAUUUUGACAAGAUUUUUUGUACAUAUCGUUAUGUAUAGAAGAAAUAAACUUUGUUC